GUUACAGAUUUGACUGGUGGUUUCAUAUUCCUACUACUGCAAUUUCCAACAUCCACCUAUAGUUUAAGCAAUAAAGGUAAACUCAUUUUUUGAGGUUUUUAUACUUCAACUCCCAGGUCUAAACGUUUUCCAAAGGCUAAGGUACUUUGAGCUACCUUGACAUAUACAGGUAGUAAAAGAUCCUUUACUAUUACUUCGGAAAUCAAGCGAGAAAUAAGUUAUUUAUAAAGGAUCGACUAUCAUUUUGUGAACGGCUUUUAUAGACUUGCUCGCUCAAUAUGGCAAAGAAAAAGUCAAAAGCAGCCAGUUCAGCUCGUGGAUACGCAACGACCUCAGUCCCUUCUCGUGCUACUCCUGUCCCAAAAAAAGCAGAAAAUAAUGAUACCAAGAAACCGUCCAAGGUGGAUGCUGUCAAAGAAACUUCAUUUGCUGCCCCUAUGAAUGACCCUGUCAACAAUGCGCUUCAUGAAACAAAUUCUUUUGAUGACCUCCUUACAGAAGAAACUUCACCGUUGAUGGAUACUGAGUUAGAAAAGUUGAAAUCUACAGCUUUAUCAACUUCCAAGUCUUUCUUGCAUACAUGGCAAACUGAACUUCGCCUUCGAAAGAAUACAAACAUUAUGAGUUUUUCUGACGACGAAAGUAAGCUUAUUUUUGAUUCAUUCCGUAAUAGCUGGAUUGACUCUCUAAAAAGCUCUGCUAAUCAGUCAAACUUAAUGGCUUAUCCCUCAAAAAAGCGUUUGUUAUGGUCUACAUAUUUAUCCUUGCUAGAUAUGGGGUUCAACGGAGAUCAGAUUCUGGAUGCCUUUUCCUCCCUUCCAAUUGUUUCGAUAGAAGAUUAUAUUGCCUGGAUUGUCACUGAGCCUGCAUCCCUUGAGAAUCCUUCUUCUUUUAACUACGAGGUGCAACCUACGAAGUAUACGGUGUUUUGUAGACAAUUGGACGAGCCUUUGCCUGCAGUCCCUGUUUCCACUUCUGGUAACAAACGGCUAGCUCCUUUGAUGACUAAAAAAGAAGAGCCAAUAGAGCCUUCACCGAUAGUCCCAAAGCCAGAGCCUCGUGAGCAGGAUGAAAAGGAUUCCAAAGAUGGCGAUGCAUAUUCCAUGACUAGCUUACUUCAACAAAUACCCGAGGAAGAGGAUAUGCCAGGGAAUGAUCCCUAUGAGCUUACCACUCAAUAUGUUAAAGUUAAGAUGAAGUUGCUGCGACUUCAGCUUAUGGGACAAAAGGACUCAGAUGCUACGGAUAUACUCCGGUCUGAAUUAGAGGGCAUAACGAGUCAAUAUCUAUUCUCCUCAAAAGAAGCUGAAUCAGUUCUCAAGAGAAAGCGUGGAGAGUUUAUGUCAAAACUAAAGGCUCUGCAAGCAAAAAUCGCUAAUGAAAGAGCUGUUAAAGCACUUCAAAAUCAAAAGUCUGCUGAAGAGGAACAGGCUACUGAAGAGAAUAACACUGAUUCUAACGAUGAAUCGGAUCCAGAUCAGGUGCAUAAUGAGUCUGCUCAUGAGGACCAGCAAAGCAGGAUAGAUGAAGAUACAGACCUUGUGGGCGGCUUAUUCAAUGAGCCUGAGGAAAGUAGUGUAGUUGUUGAUAACAAUCAGAGUAAUUACACUUACUUGCCAUUGUCCAUGGAUCGAUCUGGUACCCGGCCUUCUACUACAUUACAAUAUGAACUGCACAAGUUAGGUAAUAAUCUUCAUGCUGAUUAUAAAACAUAUCCUAUUGGUCAUCUUGGUUGGCAAUCAAUAUGCUUCGUUAAAUGCCCUACCGGACAAAAGACCUUUAUGGAUGCUGAAACCGUUUUGCCCAGUCCUGUUUUAGCUUCAGAUUAUAUUGCUACUCUUGUGCUCUUUAAGCUUGUUUCUCCUUACACAAAGCUGAGUGUUACAAUGUUUCCUAAGAGCUUCAAAGAUUUGUUUGAGAAGCUUUCAGAUGAGCAAUUGAGUGCAGUAAAGCAAGAAGAUAUGAAAAUAUCAGAAAAUUUGGAGGUUAUUCUAAAAUCUAAAGGACAUCAGAAUACGGGUGUCCAAAACAAGAUAGGCUCUAAACCUAUUGAUACUACGCAAACUAAGAGCACUAUACAUCGUCCACCAGAAAAAAUUAUAGAAGAAUGGAACCGCCAAUUGCACAGCAGCAAUGCAGAAAAAUUCCGUGAUUUUCGUAACCAGUUACCUGCUUCUCAGUAUAAAAACGAAAUUUUGGAAGCUGUUAAAAAUAAUCAAUUGCUCAUUGUUUCUGGUGACACGGGUUGUGGUAAAAGUACCCAGAUUCCUGCGUUUUUGUUAGAAGAUGCUUUAUCACAGGGUGAACACGCUAGAAUUUAUGUUACUGAGCCAAGGCGUAUUAGCGCUGUUUCCCUUGCACAACGUGUUUCUCAAGAGCUAGGAGCGCAUUCGCCUUCGAAUCGCUCUCAUGAAAUGGUGGGUUACUCGGUUCGACUUGAUUCAAAAAGUACUUCGUUCACACCAUUAGUUUAUGUGACAACGGGUGUUUUCCUUCGUUUACUUGAAGUUGGCGACGAAAUUGAGUCUGUUACUCAUUUAAUUAUUGAUGAAGUACAUGAACGCAGCAUUGACUCAGACCUUCUUUUGAUUCAUGUCUUGCAUUUAUUGAAAGAAUACCCAAAGUUAAAAGUCAUUGUUAUGAGUGCUACCUUGAAUGCUGAAAAAUUUCAGGCUUACUUCAACGGCAGCAGUUUGAUUAGUAUUCCGGGUAAAACAUUCCCCGUACAGAGAUACUUUUUGGAAGAUAUUAUGCAACAAUUCCAUGGUGAUAUAUCUCUUGGAGAAAAUAGCGCAGAAACAAUUGACGAAAAUGAUGAAUAUGAUGUUGAAGAAGGAGAAGGAGAGGAUAAGGAUUCUCCGGAUUCUGAAGCUGUUGUUCAAAACCCAAUUCCGAAGUCUUAUAACGAGAAAGUCAUUAACUAUGAUUUGAUAUUAUUUUUAUUGAAGUACGUUUUCACUGAAGGUAAUCCCAAAUACAGUAAAUGUGUUUUGGUGUUUUUCCCUGGUAUAUCAGAAAUUUUGCGAAUGAGGUCGCUUAUUGACGACGUUCCCAUGUUCCAAAAACAUAAGGAUUUCCGUAUUUACAUUCUACACUCUUCGUUAUCCUCUGCACAACAACAAUCCGUCUUUGAGAUUCCACCUCGUGGAUGCCGUAAAAUAGUUUUGUCUACAAACAUCGCUGAAACAGGUGUAACUAUUCCUGACGUUACUUGUGUUAUUGACACAGGCGUUCAUCGAGAAAUGCGUUAUAACAGUAAGAGGCAUCUGUCUCGUUUAACUGACACCUUUGUUUCUCGUGCAAAUGCCAAGCAACGUAGUGGACGUGCUGGCCGUGUCCAGGAAGGUAUCUGUUAUCAUUUAUUCUCAAAAUAUAAACACGAUACGCAGUUCUUGUCAUAUCAAACUCCUGAGAUGCUACGACUCAACUUGCAAGAGGUUGUUUUGAGAGUGAAAGUGUGCCAGAUGGGAGAAGUUCAAGAUGUCUUAGGAAAUGCAUUAGAUGCUCCUUCUUCUACUAACGUUGGUCGAGCAUUGGAAAAACUACAACAACUUGGAGCCAUUGGAGAAUUUGAAAGGCUAACUAAGUUAGGUAAAUACCUUGCUCAAUUACCACUUGAUGCUUCCCUCGGCAAAUUACUGGUGUUAGGCUGUUUUUAUAAAUCUGUUGAUGCAAUUGUUUCAAUUGUCGCUAUGAUCACCAUUGGCUCUCCAUUUCGCAAACCGGUUGGACUUGAGUUUGCGGCCAACAAAGCUCGUUUAUCGUUUGCGAAGGAAAAUACUAGAAGUGAUCUACUAUUAAUGUAUUACGCAUACUAUGCUUGGAGAGAAGUGUGUCUCAAUAAACUAGGUCCAAGUGAAAAUGAGUUUUGUAGAGAAAAAUAUUUGAACGUUGAAUCUUUGAGCAUGGCUGAGUCAUUGAAAAUACAAUUAUUGAAUGAGCUGAAAGAUAUGAACCUGAUAUCUGCACCAUUUAUUGAUACCUGUAAAACUGCCAAACGAUCAAUUUGUCGUCGCUUUGCAGUUGUUCCCAAAAGCUUUGAUUUAUUCUCGGAUAACGCUGAAAUGGUUUCCGCAAUUAUUGGUGCUUCGUUAUAUCCAAACAUCCUCAAAUACGAUUUUGAAAAGAAAUAUUGGACAUCGUUGCAUACAAAUAAGCGUAUCCGAAUCUUAGAUGUUUCUGUAAACAACAAAUCUGAGAUGCACCAAAUGCCUUCCAAGAUUGUUGCAUAUACAAAUAUGAUGUCUUCCACGAGAGCAAGUGAAUACGUAGCCGAAACUACGAUGGUUACAAUUCGCAUGCUACUUUCUCUUUGCGGCUUACGGAUUGACUUGCGAGAAUCCAUAGGUCAAGCUAAGCUUGACCGCUUCACUGUGUAUCUGGAUAGUGUCUAUACUGCUUCAGCUCUUCACAUGUUACGAAGCUUUAUAGAAUCAUCUUUUACUGCAUUUCUUUCUCAUCCUGAAGUAUACCUUUCAGAUGAAGAUUUGGCUGUUAUUGUUAGUCUUGUUUCCCGUCUAAACUUUAAUAGGGUACAAAAACAAAAAAUUACAGCAUAAAGAAACAUCCAUAAGUUUCAUGCUACGUGUACAGUUCUAUCGUUUGGCUUUCAAAAGGAAAAGCGAGUAUGGGUUUUUUUCGCAAAAGUAUAUAUUAGAUUAUUUAUAGCAAAUAUUAAACGUUAUUACUUUAAAAUGCAA